AUGUUGAAGAGAGAAAUGGAGCGGCAACAGAUGGCAAACCAGAGAAUGGUGGAGUUAGCCAUGCUAGAGAGCCGAGUCAUGAACAAUGGUGACUUAACAAUAACUCAGGUUAACGACAGCAUAGAACGCGGUGGUAGAAUGGGAGAGCUCAAGACUGAAAAGCAUGUCAAGUACAUUUUAUCAGUUGAGAAGAGGAAAGAUGAUUAUGUAUCAGUGGUUAUGGAGCACCUAAGGUUAAAUGGGGCAUACUGGGGAUUGACAACUCUUGAUAUUUUAGGGAAGCUUGAUGCAGUUGAUGAAGAUGAGGUUGUUUCAUGGGUCAUGCAGUGCCAACAUGAAUCUGGUGGUUUUGGUGGUAAUACAGGACAUGACCCACACGUGUUGUAUACCCUCAGUGCUAUUCAGGUUUUAGCACUAUUUGACAAGAUAGAGGUUCUUGACAUCGAGAAGGUCUCGAAUUACAUUGCCGGCUUACAAAAUGAAGAUGGAUCCUUUUCAGGUGACAUGUGGGGUGAAAUUGAUACAAGGUUUUCUUACAUUGCAAUAUGUUCUCUUGCGUUGUUACAUCGGUUGGACAAAAUCAAUGUGGAAAGAGCUGUCAAGUACAUCCUUAGUUGCCAGAAUUUGGAUGGUGGAUUUGGAUGCACACCUGGUGCAGAAUCUCAUGCUGGGCAAAUUUUUUGCUGUGUGGGAGCUCUUGCUAUUACUGGUUCUCUACAUCAUGUUGACAAGGACCUCCUUGGAUGGUGGUUGUGUGAACGACAAGUAAAAUCUGGAGGCCUAAAUGGACGUCCUGAGAAGCUUCCUGAUGUCUGUUACUCUUGGUGGGUCCUUUCUAGCUUGAUCAUGAUUGAUAGAGUUAACUGGAUUGACAAGGAAAAGCUUGUUAAGUUUAUCUUGGAUUGCCAGGAUAAAGAAAAUGGUGGAAUUUCAGAUAGGCCAGACGAUGCUGUUGACGUCUUCCACACCUUCUUUGGUGUUGCAGGUCUUUCGCAUCUUGAAUAUCCAGGAUUGAAAGCUAUAGAUCCAGCUUAUGCAUUGCCUGUUGACAUUGGUCAACACACGACUCCAAAUCCUUCAUGGCAUCACUUCGGUUCUGCUGGACUUUGGCCGACUCAAUUUUGUCUAGGCAGACCAUCAGAGACCUGUUCAAUCUUUCCAGCACAUAUCCAAAGGUACCGUGCUGCCCUUGCACGCAAGACUAAGAAUAUGGUUGCUGGAGGCUUGACAGCUUUCGUCUUUGGCUUGUAUUUCUAUACCAUGAGAUCCGUUGGUGGUACCAACGAACUUCAGACUGGUCAACACACGACUCCAAAUCCUUCAUGGCAUCACUUCGGUUCUGCUGGACUUUGGCCGACUCAAAUUUGUCUAGGCAGACCAUCAGAGACCUGUUCAGUCUUUCCAGCACAUAUCCAAAUAAGGACUGUUCCAAACCAAGGUUGCAGAGCAAGCAUACCAGAAAUCCUGAAUCCAGGAGUUGAUAUUGUUCAGUUUUCCAUUACACAAACUGAGAUCUUCAACUACAAAUGA